AUGGCUGAAAUCAAAGUAGAGAGCCCUAAUGUAAAGUACACCGAAGAUUACAUUGAAGCCAGAUAUGCCUAUCAGACAACCAAGGUCAGAGUAGAGGGAAAGAAUAUCAUUGCGACACCCAAGGAGGAGACUUAUGUCUUUAGAACUGAUCGCCGUGUCCCUAAGCUCGGGGUCAUGCUUGUCGGGUGGGGCGGAAACAACGGCACCACAGUUACUGCGGCCGUACUGGCAAACAAAAUGGGCAUGUCCUGGAACACCAAGGAAGGCGUCCACACGGCAGACUAUCUUGGUUCCAUAACUCAGGCCAGCACAGUGUCUUUAGGCCUUGGCCCAUGUGGAGAAAUGUUUGUGCCCAUGAAGACGCUGCUGCCUUUAGUUGAUGCAAAUGAUAUUGAGUUUGAUGGUUGGGAUAUUUCUGGCAUGAAUUUGGGCGAUGCCAUGAAGCGUGCCAAAGUGCUUGAUUACAACCUCCAGAUGCAGCUGUAUCCAUACAUGUCCAAGUUGAAGCCACGCCCGUCGGUGUACAUUCCAGAUUUCAUUGCAGCUAAUCAGAGAUCUCGUGCCGAUAACUUGCUGUCAGGAAGUUUGGAGGAGAUUGUGCACCAGAUCCGGGCAGAUAUACAGGAUUUUAAGGCCAAGAAAAAUUUGGAUAAGGUGAUUGUUCUGUGGACGGCCAAUACUGAGCGGUUUGCAGAUGUCAGAGACGGUCUCAACGACACAGCUGAAAAUCUGUUGAACAGUAUCAAGAGAGGAGAGUCUGAGAUCUCACCGUCCACACUGUUUGCUGUUGCCUCCAUUUUGGAAGGAGUCACCUACAUCAAUGGAUCACCACAGAAUACAUUUGUCCCAGGUGUUAUAGAACUGGCAGAGAAGAAGCGGGUGUACAUUGGCGGCGAUGACUUCAAGUCUGGUCAGACAAAACUGAAAUCUGUCUUGGUGGAUUUUCUUGUCAGUGCUGGCAUCAAACCAGUAUCGAUAGUUAGCUUCAACCACCUGGGCAACAACGAUGGGGAAAAUCUGUCGGCACCAGAGACAUUCAGAUCCAAAGAGAUAUCUAAAACCAAUGUUGUUGAUGAUAUGGUCAAUUCCAAUUCCAUACUGUACAAGCCUGGAGAGAAGCCUGACCACGUGGUUGUCAUCAAAUACGUUCCAUACGUGGGAGACAGCAAGCGGGCCAUGGAUGAAUACAUCUCUGAGAUCAUGAUGGGAGGCCGCAACACCAUUGCUAUCCACAACACCUGUGAGGACUCUUUGCUGGCUUCACCUCUUAUCCUUGACUUAGCUAUCAUUGCUGAAAUUUGUGAGCGUAUUGAAUUCCGUCUUGAAACAGAGAGUGAGUUCCAUAGAUUUAAUGCAGCCCUGUCCAUUCUCAGUUUCCUGUGCAAAGCUCCUCUGGCUCCAAGGGGUACUCCUGUGAUAAAUGCUUUCUUCAAACAGAGGGCAUGUAUUGAAAAUAUCUUCAGGGCUUGUAUCGGUCUCAGCCCCAUCAACAACAUGGCCUUGGAGUACAAACAUGAAGUAAUUCCUAGUGAGCUUCAGCAUGCCGCGCUGAAAAGCACCAGCACCAUUGCUCAUUUACAAGAUAAUGGACCAAAGGGUAUUGCAAAGAAAUCUCUACUAAAUGGGCAUGUUAAUGGUGCGCAUAUUCCAAACGGGCAUGUUUUAUGUGAGGUCAACGGGUUGGAUUGUAAUGGGGAAAGGUAA